AUGCUGUUUCAUUAUGCUUUUUGCAGUGCCACGCGACGCUCGUUUUCUCGUCUUAUGAACAAAGCGCUGAUGGAACCUAGAGGUAUUGUUACAAUGACUAAUGUGAAUGAUGUUUCCUUCAUCAGUCAGUAUGAUGCGGUUGCACUGGACCGCGAGCUAUUCAACUUUUAUGCAUUCAGCGUGGAUCAGUUGAUGGAGCUUGCAGGUCUAAGUUGCGCGCAUGCAAUAGCACGCAGUUGCGAUAAAGGAAAAAUUCUCAUCAUUUGUGGCCCAGGAAAUAAUGGUGGUGAUGGUUUCGUAUGUGCACGCCAUCUAACACUUCUAGGCUUCGAACCAUUCAUUUUCUAUCCAAAACAGUCAAAAUCAGAACUGAUGGAACGGCUUGUGAUGCAGACAAAAAAAUUGGGUAUACCUCAUAUCGAUGACAGUAUUUUCAAAAAUCCGUCUGAAAUAAAAAAUAAGUUCACAUUGGUUGUGGAUGCUUUGUUUGGAUUUAGUUUCAAACCACCGUUAAGGGAGCCAUUUGAUGAGAUAAUCGAGGCAGUCAAUAAAAGCUCCUUACCAGUGGUGUCAAUCGAUAUACCAUCAGGGUGGGAUGUCGAGAAGGGCCCACUUGAGGGAGAACUGGCGUUCAAUCCUGAUGUUUUAAUAUCGUUAACCGUACCGAAACUUUGUGCAAAACAUUUUCACGGUCGAGCGCACUACGUAGGUGGUCGUAUUGUGCGAUGUGCACCACAGGGUGCACCCAUCUCAGUGUGUGCAUGUCUGUCCAUUCUUCCCUCUCUGUUUACGGUAGUUAUUUCAUCAACAUCAGCAAAUGAGCAUGGAGGACCGCGUUAUAUUGGUGGACGUCUUUGUGCACUUUGGCCUCGCGAAGGUCCACUAUUCUUUGGCAUGAGACGUUCAUUGGAAAUGUUGCAUAAAUGCUGA